UCCAUCUCGGCGCUUUGUGGCCCGUCGGAUCCUUGGGUUCUCUCCCGUGGAGCCUCGCGAGUUCUGUUGUGGAUGCGGCGGCAUAUCGGCCGACCGCGUAAACCCCGGAAGCUGAACCCUAACUCUAACCGCCCGCGACUCCAAGCCGCUAGCGAGCGCCUCCACCGCGCCUCCCUCCAGGAGCUCGACGUACUCCUUCCGCCUCCGCUUCCACCACGGCCACAUCGCCCGCGGUUCCUCCGCUUUCGACGGAUAAAGAACAAGAAAAACAAACAAAAUGCCUCUGGGAUUGAUAGUGGGGUUGGCGAGGGCAAUGCGGAGGAAGCGAACUUCAUCAUUGAGUAUAUUAUCUUCAAAAAGAGGGCCCCGGGACUACUACAAGGGAAAAAAUUGCAAGCCCACUGGUUUCCACACUCGUAAAGGUGGGUAUGUAGUGAUGGAUGAGAAGUUGCCACUCUAUGUUGUCCCAGAUUUAACCGACUUUAAGCUCAAGCCAUAUGUAUCACAGUGCCCCAGGGAUGCAGCUGCCACCUCGACCACCGCCGAGUCUGCCGACAAGGCCAAGUAAAUGCAGCACGAGUUUGUACAACUUGUGUUAUUGCUCAUCUGUUGCAUGCAAGAAUUUUUCAGUGACCCUUAGUCAUUCUUGUUUACAUUGGAUGCAUAUAUCCCUUUGAUUGCCAAAAAAAAAUGCACCUUAACCUUUGGGUAUGUCCAUAAAAAUUAAUAAAUGGGCAUAGUAGACUCGUCA